AUGGUUUGCGGACGCUCUCACCUGGAGGCCACAGCACAGGCCGAGUGCAACGAGAAUAUCGCCGCAAAUGAGGCUCUCAUUGCCACGCUACAGACAUGGAUUACGAAGUCGCCUCAUCUAAGCGCUCGCACCAACGAACAGCUCCUUUUGUCCUUCCUGCGUCGCUGUCGCUUCAGCCUGGAGGAGACCAAGAGACGCAUCGACAACUACUAUGCCCUACGAGGCGUCUUCCCCGAGGUGCUCUGCGAUCGGCAGGUGAACGAGGCACUUCUAACACAAUUCCAGCGUGGUAUACACAUCAUUCCAGCGCGCCCCUUGAGUGCAAUGGGUCCACGGGUCAUCAUAUCGCAGUUCUCCAAAAUUGAUACGAAAAAAUCGAAUCCGCGCGAGGCAUUCAAGCUGCUCUUUAUGCUAUUGGAAUUAUUGGCCCUGGAGUGCGAUAAUGCUAGUGUGGCGGGCCUGUUCUAUGUGAUUGAUGCCCGUGAUGUCAAUAUGGAGCAAAUGCUGCAAUACGAUCCGUUUCUGCUGAAGAAAACGUUCGCUCUAGUCGAUCAGUGCUUGCCCCUCCGAUUCGUAGAAGUACACAUGAUCAAUAUGCGACGGGAGGGACAGGCUAUAUUCAACUUUGUCACCUCCUUUCUGCCACCCAAGCUGCCUUGGAAGUUUGUGGUGCACAAGAAGGCUGAGGAUCUGUACGAGCACCUGCCUCGCGAGGCCAUGACCAUCGAGUAUGGCGGCACCAAUGGCUAUCAGGCCGAGGCCCUGGACUACUGGAAACAGAAGCUGAACGAGUACCAGCAAUACUUUGCGGAAGAUGCACAAUUCUGCACGAAUGAGAAGUUACGCGUGGGUCUGGCCAAUAGCUGGGCAGCCGGCGAGCUGAGCGGCUCCUUCCGUAAGCUGGAGGUGGAUUAGGGAGAUGGGGAGAGAUUUCAAGAAUUCCGCUUGUUCAUUAUGUUUAUUUUUAUUAGUGUUUAGUUUUAUGCUAAAUUUACAGUAUAAUUUAAACUUUUAAUUAACAUACAACUAACUAAUUA